AUGGCGCGGUUAAAGCAGGGGGUGUUUUCAUGGGAGGACGUGUUGACUCAGAGAUACCAGAGCAACAAACCGAAUGCUCUCCGACCCCGCCGAAGAACCCUGACAGGCCACCAGCAGGAGCAGCAGGAGCAGCAGGAGCAACCUGAUUCUUCCACGCAAGAGGAAUGCCGACUGCUCGCCCGGCUGUCGCCCGAGUUACGCCUGAUAAUCUGGGAGUACGUGCUCGGCGGACGACGACUGCAUAUCGUGCAGCGACCACACAGACGGCUCGGGUAUAUCAUUUGCUCGGAGGAUGGGAGCUGUGACGUCUGUCUCGGGGUGGUAAAGAAGGCAAGCCAUGGGGAUCAAUUGCUUUCCCUCCCUAUGACGUGCAGACAGAUAUACACCGAAUGCAUCCAUAUGAUCUAUGCCCUGAACCGGUUCGAGUUCAACAACACCUGGUCGCUCACCUAUCUACGCCCCACGAUCCCCGCGGAAAGAUGGGAAAGCAUUCGCGCCGUGGAACUCAGCUGGGCGUUUCCCGGCCACUGGCUUCCGAGCAAGGAUCCCGUCAAGAGCGUGUAUUUCUCCGCGGGGAGAGCGCAGUGGGUCGAGACCUGCCAGGCCCUCACCCGUAUGAAAGGGUUACAGGCCUUCACUCUUUCGCUGAGCGUGAACUGGUUCUGCGAGCCGGUCGAGAAGAUUCCCGUCUUCUUGGAGCCGUUGCGGGAUCUCAAUCUGAAAAAGGGGUGGGCUGUUCAUCUGCCUGAACAGCCGUACUAUCUCCAUGAGAUGGCGAGUAUUGGCUCCGUGUUACGGAGUAGGGGGAUCGACUGUGUUCUGCUGUAG